GCGGCCCCGGCCGCAGCCAGAGGUCGUAGCAGUUCACUGAUCCUCAGGGUUCAGCUACACACAAACCUCCGCCCACAGGCCAGAGACUCAACUAGUCUUACUUCUACUUCCAGCCAUCCGCAUUUGGUGCCAAUUUCACCAUCAAAACCUACAAGGUUACCAUUAUCCAUCUUUGAGCGGUACUUUACCUAAAGUCAGAGAAAAUGGCAGCAAUUCCAUCCACCGGCUCCCUCAUUGCCACCCAUGACUACUACAGAAGACGUCUUGGGUCUAACUCCAGCAGCAGCUCCUGUGGCAGUUCUGAGUACACCGGUGAGGUUAUCCCACACCAUCCAGGUCUCCCAAGGCAAGACUCUGGCCACUGGUGGACUUCUUUUUUCUUUGCAAAACCGAACCAGCCCGGCGCGCUGAACGGAUCUGACAGUCAAAAGAACACCUUCACAGUGACCAACGGUCAGGUGACCUGCAUCGCCAGGGAAAUGGUUUUGAACAGGCAGCUCAGCGAGAGCAGUGAAAAUGGAAAGUUUGAAGCAACAGCGCCCCCCCCACCUUCCUCCUAGACCCCAUUUCUUGCCCCAAACGUCCCCCCCUGUCUCCUCCUCGCCCCCAGAUUACCAUUCAUCCCAUAGUCCAGCAGUGGAGAUGGAGAUGAUGGUGUUUUGUACCUUGCUUGUCCAUAUUGCUUAUGUAUAUUAUCUUUGUAUUAUGACCAAAUGUUUAAAAAAAAAAAGUCUAACAUGUAAAAAGUUUUUUCACGUAUUUCCUGUAAUGACUUGCCGAUGUCAAUAAAAUGCUUGUAGUUACCAUUUAA